GGUGUCCCCGUGACGAAGCACAUUGAUGACUUCCCAAGUUUCUCUUUAAAUGAGCUCCUCGAUCCUUCGCCCAAACCUUUCUCUCUAUUUCGACUCCUCCACAUCCGUUUCUACGAGGUCUUCUUGAGUUAGGGUUCCGAGGGUUGGUCCGUCAUGAAUCCCGAAUAUGACUAUCUUUUCAAGCUUCUGCUUAUUGGGGAUUCGGGGGUUGGAAAAUCAUGCCUUCUACUUAGAUUUGCGGAUGAUUCCUAUAUAGAAAGUUACAUCAGUACAAUUGGUGUAGACUUUAAAAUUCGCACGGUAGAGCAGGAUGGGAAAACCAUAAAACUUCAAAUUUGGGACACUGCUGGUCAGGAACGCUUCAGGACAAUCACAAGUAGCUACUACCGCGGUGCACAUGGGAUUAUUGUGGUCUAUGACGUAACUGACCAAGAAAGUUUCAACAAUGUCAAGCAGUGGCUGAAUGAGAUUGACAGGUAUGCCAGUGAAAAUGUGAACAAGCUUUUGGUGGGAAACAAGUGUGAUCUGACCGAUAAUAGGGCAGUAUCUUAUGAAGCUGGCAAGGCAUUUGCGGAUGAGAUCGGCAUACCAUUCCUGGAGACAAGUGCCAAGGACGCUACGAAUGUAGAGAAGGCAUUUAUGACCAUGGCUGCUGAUAUAAAGAACAGAAUGGCAAGUCAGCCAGCUAUGAAUGCCAGCAAACCUACGACGGUCCAGAUGCGGGGUCAACCAGUCGCCACGAAGAGUAGCUGCUGCUCCUGAAUCAAUUCAACACAAUCAUACGCCUUUGCUCCAGACGAGAGGUCAUUAUGCUGAUAAAAGUUGGGGGGCUGUUUAUGGCGUGUAUUUGUGAAUUACAAUCAGAAACUCUGCUUGGUUUGUAUUGGAUUUAAAAGAAACAGGUUUGUGUUUAUCUGCCACCCGGAUGAUCUUGAGGUAUUCAAGUAUUAAUGACACAAAUAGUUGCUAUCUUGAUCCUCGAACGUAAUUCAUCCUAUGUAUAUACAUAUUUGCUAGUUUGCACUGA